UCGAUGCCUCAACGCUCAGCUUUGGUACUCGAGUCAGAUGGUUUGCCAUAUGUUUCGUCGCUGGUGUUGUGUGUUCUAUUCUUGGAACUGCAUUGCUAUGGCUCCCAAAGGGGAUCAAACUUUUCGCAGUGUUUUACACCCUGGGAAAUAUCUCUGCGUUAGCCAGUACAUGUUUCCUGAUGGGGCCAGUGAAGCAGUUGAAAGCAAUGUUUGACCCAAAGAGAUUAAUAGCUACAAUUGUGAUGUUGCUUUUCCUAGUAUUGACUCUGUGUGCUGUAUUCUGGUGGAACAAAAGAGGUUUGGCAGUGUUAUUCUGCAUAUUGCAGUUCUUGGCAAUGACCUGGUAUAGUCUAUCAUAUAUUCCUUUUGCAAGGGAUGCUGUGAUUAAAUGCUUCUCAUCCUGUCUAGGCUAAACUGAAACCAGGAACCACUGCGUGCUUUAAAAGCCGACUUCUGUUGCUCUGUGAAUUUUCCUUGGAUAACUACACUUCUCCACUCACGAAAUACCCAGUAACAAUAUAGUUUUCCUUGCCUU